AUGGCGAAGCUUGCGACCCUAGCAGCGAUCCUCGGCGUCCUCCUGGCGGUGUCCCACGCCGUCUCGGCCAGCCGCGCCACCAUCACUACAGUCGACAUUGAUGAGGCUGAGAACCAGAGGCGCGGCGGCGGCAGGAGCUGCUACGAGCAGGUCGAGAGGCAAGACCUCAACCACUGCGAGCAGCUCUUUGAGGAUGUGAUGAGGUACGGUGGCGGCCGAUACGGCGGCGACCAGUACGGCCGCGGUCAGUAUGGUGGUGACCAAUACGGUGAUGACCGGUAUGGCCAGGGAAGCGGGCGCUGGGGCGGCCAAGGCCAAUGCUCAAGCCAGCAGCUGAGGCAGUCGAGGCACUUCAGGCCAUGCUGCCAGCAGCUGAGGCAGCUGGACGACCAAUGCCGGUGCGAGGGACUAAGGGAAAUCGUCAGAGAGCAGACAGGCGGGUUCGGAGGUCAGGGAUCGCAAGGUCAGUUGUCGCAGUGCGCGAGGAACCUGCCUAACAUAUGCGGGUUCGGUCCUCAGCACUGCGAGAUCAGGGGCAUGGGGUAUUUGAGGCAAUGA